AUGGCGCAAUCGAAAGGCAAUGUCAACCCUAAUUUUCCCAAUCAUAUAUGCCGUCUCCAAAAGGCCAUUUAUGGCCUAAAACAAGCUCCUCGUGCAUGGUAUGAAGAUCUCAAAUCUCACUUGACUAAAAUUGGGUUUGUUAAGUCUAAAUCAGAUGCUUCUCUGUUUAUUUUUCCAUCUGAAGCUGUCACGAUAUACAUACUUGAGAUUCUCUCAGAUGUGGAUAUGGCCGACUGUAAAGGAGUUACGACACCCAUGUGCUCAAGUUUACCACCCAAAGCAGCCGAUGGUUCAUCUCCUGCCGAUGCAACCUUGUAUCGACGCACCAUUGGUAAAUUGCAAUACUUAUCAUUCACGUGUCCUGAUAUUGCCUUUGCAGUUAACAAACUAUCACAGUUUAUGCAAUCCCCAAGUCUGGAUCAUUGGAAAGCAGUAAAAAGGGCAGGGGAUCCCUGUGACAGAAUAUCCACAUCUGGUUACAUACUCUUCUUGGGACCAAAUAUGAUCUGUUUGUCCUCUAAAAAGCAACAAUCAGUUGCUCGGUCCUCUACUGAAGCAAAAUACAAAUCGGUAACCAAUGCACUCUCUGAAGUUACUUGGGUACACAAUCUGUUAACUGAAUUACGAUAA